UUUUUGGCUGCAAUCAUGUGUUUUGCUGGUGUGAGGUAUCAGUCACAAAGGAUUAGCCAGAGGAGCCUCUCAGUGAACCAAACCACGUGACGUCCUCAUUUCCUUCCCCCUGCCCGCUCGACGCCGAUUGGCCGAGCCGCUGAUGUGGAGCCAGCCUCUGACGGUGCCCUGACGAGGACGGCGCGGUGCAGCGGGGGGCUGUGCGCACCCUCCGCAUCCGUGGCUCCUCCGGAUGGGAACGCCACGGCGACAGGGAAGGAUGACAUUGUAAAUCAGCCAUUCGGGAACGCGUGAGUGUGUGUGUGUGUGUGUGUGUGUGUGAGAGAGAGGGCAGGAGGGGGGCUCGUAUUCAUCCCAGCCAGCUCUUUUCUGCGCCGCUUCCUGCUUUGGGGGCGGGGGGGCGUGGGGGCCCGGAGUACCCACUGUGGAUGUUACUCCUUUGACACAUGGGUCUGUCGAAUGGCUCACUACAAGGACGUGUGCGGCGGGAAGACCUCCUUGAAUCUGGUCACGGGAUUCUUUCAGUAUCUGCGGGACGAGCAAGAAGCCGUGCAAAAGAGAACCUUCACCAAAUGGAUCAACUCUCACUUGGCGAAGCAUAAACCGCCGCUAGAAGUCAACGAUCUUUUCGAGGAUAUUAAAGAUGGGGUGAAGCUCUUGGCUCUGUUGGAAGUGCUGUCGAGUCAAAGACUUCCCUCCGAGCAAGGCCGCCAACUCAAGAGGAUCCACUGGGUUUCCAACAUCGGCACGGCGCUCAAAUUCCUCGAGGGCAGGAAGAUCAAACUGGUGAAUAUUCACGCGACGGACAUCGCAGACGGACGCCCGUCCAUCGUCCUCGGGUUGAUAUGGACCGUCAUCCUCUAUUUCCAGAUUGAGGAGUUGACCAGCAACCUUCCAGCCCUCCAGGCCUUGUCGGCAAGCAACUCCUCGGUGGAGAGCUCCGAAACAGGAAGUCCUCCCAUGAAGAGAAAAGUGGUCAAGUUUCAGGGCAACGCCAAGAAGGCGCUGCUCCGAUGGGUGCAGAGCACCGCUGCCAAGCAUCACGGGAUCGAGGUGAAGGAUUUUGGUGCGAGCUGGCGCGACGGAGUCGCCUUCCAGUCGGUGGUGCACGCCAUCCGGCCCGACCUGGUAGACAUGCAGGCGGUGCGCCGCAGGGGCAACAAGGAGAAUCUGGAAGAGGCUUUCGCGCUAGCGGAGAACGAGCUGGGCAUCCCUCGUCUACUGGAUCCAGAAGACGUGGACGUCGACAAGCCGGACGAGAAGUCCAUCAUGACGUACGUGGCGCAGUUCCUCAAGCACCACCCCAACCCUCAGCACUCGGAAACCGACGGACAGCACGAUGAGCUGCGCCUGGGCCCCGUCCCGACCUUUGCGCCGUCAGCUCCCGCGCAUCAGUUUGGCCCUCAAGACAUCGAGCAAAUGCUUGAGCGGGAGGAGCGUAAGAUGCUGAGGGAGCUGAAGGUGUUCCUGGACCAGCUGGAGAGAGAUGUGCUGAGGGCCCAGGCGGCCGAGGGCAAUCUCACAGACAAGUAUCAGGCCUUCAAGAACUUCCGCGUGCAGUACGAGAUGAAGAAGAAGCAGACGGAUCCGCUGCUGCAGCCGCUCCACAAGGACGGCAAGCUGUCUGCGGACCAGGCGCUGGUCAAGCAGGCGUGGGAUCGCGUGUCCAUCAGGCUGCUGGACUGGCACAUCCACCUGGACAAGUCCUUGCCGGGUCCUCUGGGCGCCAUCGGAGCCUGGCUGCACCGAGCCGAGAUGGCCCUGAGGGAGGACGUUCCCAUCCAGCACGCUCACGAGGAGACGGCCAACGCUCUCCACAGGAAACUGGAGCAGCACAAGGAGGUGUUAAAAAACCUGGAAUCGCACAGGCAACCCUUCCAGCAGAUCCAUCGAGACAGAUCGGUCAACGGCGUCCCGGUCCCGCCGGAACAGCUCCAAGAUAUGGCCGAGCGGUUCAAUUUUGUGUCCACGUCAUGGCACGGCCACUUGAUCAAACUGGAAUUCUGGGAGAUGAAGUAUCGGUUGAUGGCCUUUCUGCUGCUGGCAGAGUCCAAACUCAAAUCCUGGAUCGUUAAGUACGGCAGGCGGGACUCGGUGGAGCUCCUGUUGCAGAAUUAUCUCACGUUCAUUGAGGGCCACAGGUUCUUCGAGCAGUACGACAUCCUCUUUUCGGCACUCAAGCAAGCGGCGGACGUCUACGUCAAGUCUGACGGCUCAAUUGACGAAGCAGAGGGCGUGAGCAAAUUCCUCGGCGACGCCGCGGCUCAGUGGAAGAACCUGGCGCUGGAGGUGCGCAGCGUUCGCAGCAUGCUGGAGGAGGUCAUCUCCAACUGGGAGAAGUACGGCGGCACGGUGGCGGCUCUGCAGGCCUGGCUGGAGGACGCCGAGCACAUGCUCAACCAGUCCGAGGCCGCCAAGCGCGAUUUUUUCCGCAACCUGUCCCACUGGGUCCAGCAACACAUGGACAUGAACGAUGCCGGCAACUUCCUCAUCGAGACCUGCGACGACAGCGUGUCGCGAGAUCUCAAGCAGCAGCUCCUCCUCCUGAACGGCCGAUGGAGGGAGCUCUUCGUCAAAGUCAAAUACUAUGCGAGGGCAGACGAGGUGGACAAGUUGCGGCACGACUAUCAGGACGGCAUCAACACUUUGAAAAUGUUCAUGGACGCCACCGACGAGAAGCUGAACGCAGCCGUGCAAGUGUCUUUCCUCAACAUCCGCACAUUUGCUCAGGAUGUCGAGGAAAUCAAGCACAAAGUGCCGGCCAUGGAGGCGGCAUGUAAAGCGGCGGGUCGCACCGCUCAGCUGCUGAGCAAAGACACGGCGCAGGACGAAGUAGCUCAGAUGACGGCCGUGAUGACGUCCAUCAAGGAGCAGCUUGUCAAGGUGAGAGAGCGAUGUCUGCCGCUGCUGAAAGAGUCGCAGUCCCUCCUAGCUCCGCUGGAAGAAAUGGAGAAGAACAUCAGUGGCUUCUACCAAGCUCUGGAGAAGGCCAGCCACGUGACGAGCAGCAGCGACGCCGAGGGGCCCGUCGACUUCAAACACAAGUGCCAGGAGCUGGCGGCCGCCACGCAAAGCUGCAAGAAGUGUCUGAUGGUGAUUGAGCGGAAUCACCAGAGCAUCCUGAAGCUCACGGACCUCAGUAAAACGCUGCAGCACAUGGACAUGAGCCUCCUGCAGAAAAGAGUCGCAGACCUCCAGGCCGCCUCGCAGGCCAUGUUUCGGGAAGCCACCGAGUGGAGGAAGCACGCGGAGGCCAACCGCAGUCUCAUGAAGAGGUUUGACGAGUCCCGGCUGGAGCUGGAGAAAGUCCUCAAGAUGGCGGAAAGCUGUCUGACGGAAAGGGGCCGCCCGGAGGAGCUGCUCAAGAAGCACACGGAGUUCUUCGGCCAGCUGGACCAGCGCGUCCUGAACACGUUCCUCAAGGCUUGCGACGAGCUCACCGACAUUUUGCCCGACCCGGAGCAACAGUCGCUGCAGGAAACCGUUCGGGCGCUGCACAAACACUGGAAGGACGUCCAAACCGACGCUCCCUUCCACCUCCUCCGCUUCAAAGUGGAGGCGGAAGCGAGCAAGCUGGCGACGCUGCUGCAGGAGUGUCAGGCCGAGGUGAGCCGGGAGAACAGACACCUGGCCAGCACGGGCAGCGAGAGGCUCGUCAAGGAGCACCGGGCCUUCUUCAGAGAAAAGGGUCCUUGGUCCCUUUGUGAGAAGAGGCUGCAACUGAUGGAGGAACUCUGUCAGAAGCUCCCCGAGGGCGACUCUGCCCACCUAACUCUUGACAAGUCCAGGAAGGACUACGCUGAGCUCAGCGAGGAGAUCGAAAACACCCAUCAGAAGCUAAUGCAGCACCCGGACAAAUGGAAGGACUACGACGAAAGAUACGCAGAGCUUUCCUGCUGGUUGAUCUCGAAAGAGAGCCAACUGCGACUCCUGAGGAACCGGGCGGGCGAUCCCAGGAAAUACGGUCAGGUCAAGGCCACCAUUACGGAGCUGAGGAACGACGCCGAGCUGCAGGAAGGCAACCUUUGCCGGCUGAAAGCCCGGAUGGCCGUCCUGAUCGAGAUCUGCGCCGACAGCGACGCCCAGAGGCAAGGAAGCGCCCUCGGCAAGCUGUCGGCUGAUUUCAAGGGUCUUCUCUUGUCUCUCGUCGAGGCAGAGAAGAUGGUCCUGGCUGUGGGUGACUGCGUUCAAUUUAGGGAGGAAGUGCAGACGACUUUGGACGAUCUUCUCCGAGCGCAGAAAGAAGCUCAGUCUGAUGUCUCCCGAAUCCUGGAUUGUCCCACUGUGAGGGAAGCGCAGCAACUCCUGCUGGUGCACCAGCAAGUUGUGAAACGGCUGAAGCUGAAGAGGAAGGACGUCCAGCAGCUGAUCAGUCGGGGGCAGCAGCUGCAGGCCGAGGAAGGCCUGGGGGAGACUUUGCAGCAGGACCUGCACAGCCUGGAGAACACGCUGGGCAAAAUGGAGCAGAGCAUGGAUUCGCAAGAGCAAAGCCUGGAGGUCACGCUGGCAGCCUGGCAAGAGUUUGACAGCCAGCAGGAGGCGGUGCGCCAGUUUGUGAGCAAGGCCCGAUGCGCGACGGAGCGAGAGCUGAACUUCAGCAGUCCGGAGAGUCUGGCGGUGGAACUGGACCAGGCCAGAGUGCUCCUGAAGCAAUGUGAAGCCGAGGCCUCGCAUAUGAACAUUUUGCUGAAGAGAGCCACGGAAAUCCAGCUGGGCCCAAAGAACAAGCCGCUGCUCCUUGAGCAGGCUCGCUGCCUCAGCGAUCAAGUGGACAAAGUGGAGGCUGGCCUCAAAAAAGAUGUGAAAACCGCAGAGGAGAUGAAGAUCAAGUGGGAUGGCUUCGCGGCCGAGUUUGAAGCUUUUUCCUCGUGGAUAUCUGACAAGGAAAAGCAACUGGACGCCUUGAAGGGUUCCACUUUGGCACUCGAGCAACAGAUCGAGACAGUGAAGGUUGUGGAGACGGAGCUCCAGGAGCGUGCUCGGGUUCUCUCCGGACUGGAGGCCGACUCCCAGGAUCUGGCACGGUUCAUUUCGUCGGGCGAGGCGGCCCGCAUCAAGGCCCGCCUGACCCAAAUCGGACGCUACUGGGACGAGCUAAGGGAGAGCGUGCAGCAGCUCGACGGCCAGCUGCGGGAAAGCUUCUCACACCAGCGGAAGUUCUCGCAGAGCUUCCAAGAGGCGCAAGCAUCACUCUGUGAGCUACAGUCAAAGCUGGAGGAGCCAAUCAAGACGUGCGGUUCUUCAUCAGAUACCUACAGGGCCCUUCAAAACCACUUGGACGUCUCUCAGCAACUGGAGAGGCUGAAGGGAGCGUUGCUCUCCCUGUCAACCGGCGCCCGGCGACUCGGCCACAGGGAGAAAGCGGAGGCGACUGUGAAGGCGUUAACCACCAGCUUGGAACAAAGCACUCGGGAAGCCAAGAUCAAGCAGAGCACUCUGGAGACCCUGCUAACGGCUUGGCAAAGGUUUGAGAAACAACGUUGCAACUUCAUUUCCUGUCUGGAGAGGAGCGAGUGCGCCCUCAAAUCUGAGUGUCGCUGCCUGUCGGCCGACAAAGCCAAGGUCUGCGGCGAGCUGCGGGACAUGCAGGCCUUGCAGUCGGACGUCCAGGCGCUGGGGCCCUCUCACGCUGAGCUGCUUUCUCUCGGGACGUCACUUUAUCACAACGCACCGGAUGAAAGGGCGAGCCAACUGAGGAAAGAGCUUGACGUCUUGCAGACGAGACUGCGUGCCCAAAAUGAAGCUCUUCCAAAAAGAAUCGAGGAGCUCCAGGAGCAUCUGGCCCUCCUGGAGCAGUUUGACCGCGACCUUCAGAAAUUCUCCCAGUGGAGUGAGUCCAUGCUUUCGAGUCUACAUGCAGCUUCCCAAAUCAGCAUCAGUGACCUGCCCGCAGCCAACACCAGAGUAAACGAGACCCAGACGGCCUUACGGAAGCAAGCUAGUGCAAAAGAGAAGUUAGAUAAUCAGGUGGAGACUCUCUGUCAAUCCUGCGAUCCCGGUGAUGCGCAGCUCCUCCGUAGCCGAGUGGACGGCUGCGUCCAGCCCUACCUCGAGGCUCAGCACAUCGUCCAACUACAGCUGGAGUGCCUCGAAAAGCUCGGGAACUUCCGGCAGAUGCAUAGCGCGGCCGUGGCGGUUUUGCAAGGCCUGCGGCAAACCGUGGAGAGCGGCGGGAGCUGGGACCGCGGCCGAGUGGAGGAGCUGCAGCAGGAGGUCUCCGCCGCGGUGCCGGACGUGUGUCGGCUGGAAACGCUGGCCGUCGACCUGGACAGCGGCCUCUGCAAAAGCCACCUGCACAUGGGCGGCGAGGAAGGUUCUCGAAAGUCGUGCCGCACGCUCGCCGAUUCGCUCAGCGCCGAGCUGGAUGCGUUGAGGAACUUGCUGGGGACCAAGCAGAGCGAAGCCGAGGCCUUGGGGGCUCUGUGGACUUCCUUUCGACAGCGGAAAGAGCAGCUGCUCAAAGCUGUGGAGGACAUUGAAGAAAAAGCCGACCAUCAGAGCUUGAAAGAGCCCAGCCUUCUGGCUCUCCAGCAAAGGCUGCGCUUCUUCAAUCAGCUGGAGGACGAGCUGCAAUCCCACCAGCACGAGGAACAAUGGCUGAGGGACAAGGCGGACCAGCUGGCCCAACGAGACGCAGAGCUCGCCGGGCAGGCGCUGAAGGAAAUCGGCCUGCUGCAGACCACUUGGGAGGACACCAAGAGGCUCAUUACGGAGAGACAGGAACAGUGCAAUGUUCUUGCCGAGCUCACGAGAGAAUAUCAAAUGCUGAAAUCCGCCAUCAGCAGCGUUAUGGAGAGCGCAGAACCUCUGUAUGAUAUCAGCUCUGUUCUGAAGGACCAUGAGGAAACCAAGCGAUGCCUAAGCAAGCACGAAGCGGUGAAGACGGCGAUGGCUGACAAGCAACAGCAACUGGACCGGUUUUCCAGCAAAGGAAAACAGUUGGCCAUUGAACUGAAGAAGGUGCCAGAGUGCGACUCGCAAAUGGUCCGAAAGGAGACGGAGACGCUGGUGGACCAAUGGCUGGAUGUGUCGGAGAGGGUGGACGAUAACCUCCAGCGCCUGAAGCAAAGUUUGCUGCUGUGGGAGGAUGUGCGGCAAAUUGCGGACGACGUCGAAAGCUGGGCCAACAGCUGCCUAACAGAACUGAACGAGAGUCUCAACAAUCUCAAUGACAGUCACAAGUUGGCGGCGAGACUCUCUGUGCUUCAGGAACAAAUGGGCGAGAAGGAGCUGAGACUUGAAAAGCUGCAGAGCAAAAUGGCAGAGCUGAAGAGGAGCAGUCAAAGUCAAGAAACUCCUCCAAAACUGCAAUUGCUGGAAAACGACCUGAGGAAGAAGAUGGACUCUGUUCAUAAGCUGCACGGGCAGGUGCGGGGAAACCUGCAGGACUUCAGCACCCAGAAGAAACUGCUGGAAGAUUACAUUGCGCAGAUGUCCGCUUGGCUUAAGAGCAUGGAGGACUCCCUGGUGUCCUCUCCCGCCGGUUCCGACCCCGAGGACAUCUGCCGAGUCAAGGAACUUCAGAAAGAGCUGCAAAAUCAGCAGGGAAGUAUCGACGCCACCAGAGAAAGCCUGAACAACCUGUGCCGCAAAUAUCCCUCGGAGGAGCUUUCCAGUUUGGGGUCCGCGCUUAGCGAGCUCAUCAAGACGUACGAGUCCGUCAACCAGGUCUCGGCCAGGACUUUGGCGUCACGGCAGAACUGUCUCCAACAGCAGUUCAAUGAUCUAGUUCAGGAAUUCCAUCGCUGGCUUGUGGAGCAGAGGGAGAUUGUUAAAGAAUGCUGCGACCGUUCUGGAGACACUCACAUUGUUGAACGCAAAUUGCAGAAACUGAAGGGUGCCACGGAGCGCAUGGAUGAAGGCACGGUGCAUCUGACGCAGGUCUGCGAGGAAGGAGAGAAGCUGCUGCUCCAUCUCCCCAAAGCCAACGCCGGCCAGGUCCAGCAGCACCUGUCCUCCAUCCAGCAGGACUGGGACAGCUUUGUGGAGCAGUGCAGACAGAACCAACAGAUCCUGGAGGACAGCGCAUCCCUCAUGAAAGGGUUUGAGGGUCGCCUGAAGAAGCUCAAGUGGUGGUUGGAGCACAUGGAGAAGAGGAUGACUUCAGAUCUGCUUGAAGCCAAACAACGCGGUCCGGAAAAGGCUUUGCUCGAACAGGUGGAGGAAUAUCAGCAGGAAGUGCUCAAAGAAAGAGAUUCCUUUGAGCGCUUGUGUCAGGAGGCGCAGGCCCUGAACGAAGGCGGGCGAGGCGACGGCGGCGAGACGCGCGUGUCGGCUCAACUGCAGUCGCAGCAUCAGGCCUUGUUGCGACGCGGGCGCGAGAGGCUUCGAAGCUGCCAGCUGACUUUGCAGGAGCAGCAGGCCUUCGAGGAGACGCUGCAGGCCACCUGGACCUGGCUGCACGGAGUCCAGGAGCGUCUGGCCUCGCUCAACAGCACCAUCGGCAACAAGGAGACCCUGGAGAAAAAGCUUGUUCUUGUACAGGAUAUCCUGCUGAUGAAGGGUGAAGGCGAGGUGAAGCUCAACAUGACGGUCGGAAAAGGGGAACAAGUCCUCAAGCAUAACCGGAUGGAAGGCCAGGAGGCCAUUUGCUCGCAGCUUCAGAGUCUGAAGGACGCCUGGGCCAAUAUGUUGAUCACUUCCAUGAGCUGCCACAGUCGACUGGAGUGGACGGUGGCCCAGUGGAGCAGCUUCCAGGAGAACAAGAACCACCUGCAGCAGUGGAUGGAGUCGGCGGAGCAGGAGCUAGGCGUGACUCUCCCCCAGCAGCCCGGCCUCAAAGAGAAGGUCGCUCUCCUGGAGCGCCUCAGGGCUCUCCAGGCGGACGUGGACGCCCACGCCGCAGCCUUGUCACGUCUUACGGACAAAGCCGUGGAGCUGUACGAAAAGUCCGCCGACCAGACCUUUGGACCGGAGUCGCGGGCGGAGCUCAACGCGCAAUUUGCGGAUAUCUCAGCCGUGGUCAAGGGUAAAAUCCAGUGCAUGCAAAGCAUCGUGUCUGAGCAUGAGCAGUACCUGGACGCCGUCAGAGACUUCAACGACUGGCUCGUCUCAGCCAAGGAGGAACUCCAGCGCUGGUCUGACCUGUCUGGAGACUCGGCCUCCAUUAAAAGAAAGCUGGCCAAGGUCCAGGAGUUGCUGGACUCCAAGCAGCGAGGCCGAGAGAGGCUCAACCGGGCGCAGAGGUGCGGGGCAGCAGCAAGAGAUCACACCGGCUCGGGGGGCUACGAGGCCAUCGAGCGCGAGGAGGGAGCCCUGCUGUCGAGCUGGGAACAGUGGGAACGCGCGGCGCUUCAGACCCGAGCCAGUCUGGAGACGGCCCUCUCUCAGAUGACCACCUCCGAGCAGGAGUUCAGCAGUCUGUCAGGGCAGUUGGAGCAGGACAUGCAGGACUUUGGGCGUCACCUUCACGACUGGCGUCUCCAACUGGGGCAGGCCGAGGGCAAAACUGAUGGAGAGGACGCUGUGAAAAGCUGGCAGAUUGCAAAGGACACAUUGGAGGAGCUUGUCAAAGCCGAGCCCAUGUGCGAUAGCCUGAAGACGCAGCUCAAUGAUCUGUGCCGCUUCUCCAGAGAUGUGGCCGCCCAGUCUGACAGAGUUUCUGCCCUCAUUAAGGAAUACAACAGUUUGAGUCUCCGAGCUGCCAGGGAGUGCCAAAGCAAAGAGAAGUUGCAGGAACAGGGAUUCCGCUCGGCCUACAGGGAGUUCCAGCAGUGGUUGGUCAACACCAAGAUCAACACGGCCAAAUGCUUCGACGCACCCCAAAAUCUCUCUGAGGCCUCGACGAGCUUGCAAAAAAUUCAGGAGUUUCUAAGCGACAGAGAGCUGGGUCAGUCCAAACUCAACGGCGUGGUGGUCACGGGUGAGCUUCUCUCCAUGAUCGCGGCCAAAGACAAAGUGGAGUCGGUUCGGACGAAGACCAAUCAUGCUCUUGAGGAUUGGAAGAAUAUCAUGUCCAAUCUUCACAACAGAGAGCUCAAUCUUCAAAACCUCGUGUCACAGAUGAAGGACUUUGAAGCCAGUGCUGAGCCCCUCCAGGAGUGCCUGAAUGCCACCGAGAUGGCCGUGCAGGAGAGCAGCGCGAGGCUUCACGAUCUACCGGCCAAGAAGACGGAGCUCCACAAACUACAGUCUGUGCUGGAGGAGCUAGCCUCCCACCAAGUCCAGCUGAGCAGGCUAAAAGAGAAGGCCCAGCGGCUGUUGGACGAACACGCAGCUGGCAAGGGUUUUGUGCACCGUGUCUCGCAGCUCUCUGCUCAGUUCCUAGCUUUAACCAACCUGACCAAGGAGAAGGCGUCACGGAUCGACCGCAUCGUGACCGAGCACCAGCUGUUCAACCACGGGCUCAAGGAGCUGCAGAACUGGGUGGCCGACACGAGCCACAUGUUUCAGACCUACUGCGCCCCCACGGCUGACAAAAAUGUCCUGGACAGCCGGAUGAUCAAGCUGGAGGCCUUGCUGACUGCCCGCCAAGAGAAGGAGAUCCAGCUCAAGAUGCUGAUCACCAGAGGGGAGUCGGUUCAGAGAAACACCUCGGGCAGUGGGGUGAUUGUGCUCCAGGAACAAAUACAGGAGCUGAAAGACUCCUGGGACGCUUUGCUCUCCGCAUCCAUUCAGUGCAAAAGCCAACUGGAAGCUUCUCUGUCCCAGUGGACCAGUUACCAGGAGGACGUGCGGCAGUUUGUGAGCUGGCUGGAGCACGUGGAGGAGAACCUGGACUUGGCUGAUAAACUGUGUCCCGAGAUGCGAGAUAAAACCGCUAAUCUCAGCAGAGCCAAGCUGUUGUACGAGGAAGUGCUCGGCCACGACGGCCCGCUGGCCACCAUCGUGGCAAAGAGCGCGAGCAUCGCCGAGAACUACGUGACUCAACUGGAGCUGCAGGAGCUACAAGAGCGCUACAACGGCAUCAAAGACAACGCGAUGGGGGCCGUUGGCAAAGCGGAGGAGCUGGUGAAAGCUCACGAAGAGUAUCAACAGGGCCUUCAAGCAUUUGAGGACUGGCUGGAAGAGGAACAGGAAAAGCUGGGCUGCUACACUCAGCUGGAGGGCGACGUCGAUAUGCUGGAGGAGACGCUCCAAAAACUGCAGGAACUGCAGCUGCACUGCACCGAGGGCCAGGCUCUUCUCAACACCCUGCUGGUCAGCCGAGAGCUGGUCACUCCCUGGGGGACCCCGCAGAUCGAAGAGCGAGCUGUGGAGACGCAGCAGCAGGAGUGGAGGCUGUACCAGGCCCGGCUGGCCGACGCCAGGGCUCAGCUCAACAGCGCCUUGGCCAAACUUCGGCAAAUGGACCAGAAGUUCCAGCGUCUGGACAGCUGGCUGAAGGGCAUGGAGACCAAAGCGCAACUGCGAGGCCACCGCCGCUCCGACCGCGCCACCAAAGAUGCCCAGCUCCAGUUGCUCAAGACGUGGCAAGAGGAAGUGCUGGUUUAUCAAGAGGAGAUGGAGGGCCUCAGUGUUUUGGCUCAGCAAGUUCUGGAUGAGACCCGUAUUAGCAGCCGCAUCAGUACCAGAGCAACCCAGAUCACAGCCCGCUACCAUGCCUUGCUCCUGCACUUACUGGAGACAAUCAAGCAGCUGCAGGAGGAGGUGUCCUGCAUCGAGGAGGCACAAUGUGUCUUCAGCACGUUCUCGGACUGGCUCCUGGCGGCUCAGAACAGCCUCCGCGCCUUGGCCGGAAGUGCAGACGUGGUGGAUCGCUCCGCCAUGGAGAGAAAGAUGAAGAAGCUCGAGGCGCUUCAGGCGGACAUGGAGCAGGGACAUGGCAACCUAAAGACCGUCAGGGAGAAGACGGAGCGAGCCGCUGUCUUCUUAGAGGAAGUCGAAGCGGAGCAGCUGAGGGAGGAAGUGGACGGCCAGCUGGGCCGACUGGAGGACCUGCUGGCUGCUCUGCGCGCCCAGCAGAACGCUCUGGAGAAGUGCAUCUCGCUCUCCAAAGACUUUGUGGAUAAAUACAAGGUCCAGGCCCAGUGGGUGCUGGAGACCAAGGGCCUGUUGGCAUCCGGCGUGGAGCCCAAAGCCGAGCUCUAUCAGAAGAAGGCCCAGCUUGCCAAGUACAAGACCAUCCAGCAGAUGGUGCAGUCGCACGAGUCGGCUGUGAAAUGUGUGAUGGAGAAGGGGGAAGCCCUGCUAGAUGCCGUCCACGACCCAAUCAUUAGUGACAACAUGAAUAGCUUGCAAGCAGACUUUCUGGAGCUCUGCUUGUUAGCCAAGACGCAGGUGCAGAACCUGCUGGAGUGGGUGAAGGAGCAUGAGGAUUACAACAGUGAACUGCAGGAAGUGGAGAGAUGGCUCCUGCAGAUGUCCAGUCGGCUCGUCACGUCUGAAUCCAUGCAGACCAGCAGCAUGGAGAUGGCCACCCAACAACUGGCCCGGCACAAGGCCAUUAUGGAGGACAUUGCCAGUUUCGAGGAACGUCUCACCAUCUUGAAGCAGAAAGGAGAAGAACUGGUCUCAAGCUGCACCGACCAAGUCCAAGCCAAGAUCAGCCAACAAGUCCGGGCUCACCAUCAGGGUACCAGGGAUAGCUACUCCGCCAUAUGCAGCACGGCUCAACGGGUCCAGCAAAGUCUGGACCGAGAACUCCAGAAACAUGUCAACCACCAGGAUACCCUCCAGCAGUGCCAGUCGUGGCUGACAGCUGUAGAGGAGGAAAUCCGGCAAAAUCACCAGGAACCAUCCGGGCUGCAGGAAGCACUUAAACAGGUGAAGCAUAACAGGGCCCUCCAGGAGCAGGCCAGCACCUACCUUGACCUGGUGUGUUCAGUAUGUGACCUGUCCGACGACGCCGUUAGAGUGACAGCGGCUGAGGUCCAGAGGGUCAAAAUUACUAUUGAAGAAAGGAUGUCAAGUGCUCAGGAGCUGUCGGAGGGCUGGAGGGAGAUUAAGGAGCAGAAGCAAGAUCUGACCAGCCUGUUCCAAGAUAUGGAGCAGCAACUCCUCAGUCUGUCCAGAAGACCUGCAGAGUUGGAAACUAAAAUAGCCCAAAACAUGUUGUCUCAAGCCAAGGAAUGCAGCCAGCAGCUCCAGUCCAAGCAAAAUAUCCUGACCAAGAUGACAGAGAGAGUGAGCAGACUGUCUCCGUGCCAAGACUCUGCAGAGCAUGCAGAGCUGGACCGCCUGAGUCAUUCCUGGCUCGAACUUUGCCACCAGGCCAGCAGGCUGCAGGUCCAGAGACAGGAGGAUCUGCAGAGAUCCAAAGAGUACCACGACUGCAUUUCUGCAGUAGAGGCACUCUUCGAGCGGGUGUCCAAAGAGUGGGACAACCUGGCCAGAACUGAUGCCGAAAGCUCCUCUCAGCAUUUGGAGGCGUUACGCAAACUGGCAGCAGACUUGGAAGAGCAAAAGGGGACACUCGAGGAACUCAAGGACCAAAAGCAAAAAGUCAUCCAGUGCUUGAACCUGGACGACAAGGAACUGGUGAAAGAGCAGAUCAGCCACUUUGAACAACGAUGGUCCCAGAUGCAAAACCUCAUUGAGAGGAAAAUCCAGGACUCUGUGGUGACCCUAGAGGAAAUGGGCCAGGUGGAGGCUCGUCUGAGGGAGGCCCGGGAUUGGGCCGAGGAACAACAGCCCGCCUUGUCCGAGGCCAUGAAAAUGAGUCCUCCUCCGGAGUUGGCUCAGAGUUUCCUCUUCGACCAUCUGAGCAUUUGCAGCGAGUUGGAGGCCAAGCAACUCCUGCUGGCCCAAGCCAUGGCCGACUCUGACAGGGUUUUGGCCCGUCUGGGUCUCAGUGAACGACAAUGUCUGCAGCAGCUGAUUUCCGACACCCAGUCGGAGGUUGAGUCCCUGAGCGUCAAAGUGGUGCAGCGCAGGAAACACCUGAGCAAGGCUUUCACCGAGAGGACUCAGUUCCUUAUGGCCGUCAACCAGUCCAUUUCCUGGGUCCAGCAAAAUGAGAAAAAGGCCCAGGCUGAAGAGUACAUCGCCUUGUUACCCGAGGACCUCGCCAAGCAGGUCCGGACCUGUCGGAACGUCCAAAGCAGUUUGAAAGCUUACCAGAGUGAGCUGACGUCCUUGUGGUCUCAGGGGAGAGACUUGAUGAGGGAUGCUAACGAGGAAGAGAGGAAUGAGAUUCUCACAAAGCUCCAGGAGCUGCAAAACAUCUUCGAUAAAACUCUACACAGGUGUGGCCAGAAACUUCAGGAACUGGAGAAGGUCUUUGUCUCGAGAAAGUACUUCAAGAAUGACCUGGAGAAAAUAUGCCAGUGGAUAAAACAAGCUGACAUCGUCACGUUUCCUGAAAUCAAUCUCAUGGUUGGCGACGCUGAAUUAGAGGCGCAGCUGUUCAAAUACCAGCAGGUAGUCGAGCAGGCAGUGGAGUACGAGAACCUUCUCCUCAUUGUGCAGAGAGCAGGCCAGGAGAUUUUGCCCACCCUCAAUGAAGUGGACCACUGCUACUUGGAUGAGAAACUCAAUAGCCUACCACAGCAAUACAACAAUAUAUUAGCGUUAGCCAAAGAGAAACAGGAGAAAAUCCAACAGGCUAUUUUCACAAGGAAUGAGUACACCUCUUUCAUAGAUGUCACGCAGAGAGCGCUGGAGGAGCUGGAGGAGCAGUUCAACCAUCUGGGCACGCAGCCGGUGGGCUUGCAAACCGAGGAGGUGGUCAGUCUGCAGGGAGAUUACAAAGCCAUCCAAGCCGAUCUGAGCAACCUGGGUCUUGCUGUUAGCGAGCUCAACCAGAAGAAGGAAGGCUUCCGUAGCACCGGACAACCGUGGCGCCCCGAGGAAAUGACCCAGCUCACCGGCCUUUACAACGGCCUAAAGAGGCUGGUGGAACAGAAAGUGGAGCAUCUGGAUGAAACUUUGGAGUCGUUUGAGGACCAAAAGGCAAUGGCCAUGCAAGUUGACUCCGAAUUAAAGGCAACCAAGGAGCAGCUGGUGAAGGUCAACGCUGAGACUCAGUCUGCGGAGGAGAGACUAAAGAACUAUCACGCUCUCGCUGGGAGCCUCCAGAGUGCCAACUCGCACCUGUCUAGGCUCAUGGAGCAGAUGGGAACUCGUCCUCCACGCUUGGACCAAACGGUCCACAACGCCUCAAAGGAGCAAGUGGUCCUGUGGCAGGAGGAGCUGCGAUCCUUGCAGGCCGCGGUCGGCGACCUGAUCGAGGAGUGCGAGAACCGUUUCGUUCAGAGUAAAGACUUUGAGACUGAAAUGCAAAGGACGCUGGACUGGCUGCAGCAGGUCCGGGAUGAGAUGGGUUCUGCCGUCACCGUAGACAUGCGGGUGGAGAAGGUGCAAGAAGAGAUCAGGAAGCAACAAAUCAUGCAGGAAGAAGUUCAGUCCAGACUGAGGAUUGUGGCGGCUCUGAGUAGCAGGGAGAAGCAUAAGUACACCAGCGCCAAUGAACUGCCGCCCACCCGCAUGGAUGCCAGUCUUGGAGAAAUGGCAAAGCUGCAAGCAGAUGUUCAGAAACAGCUGAGUUCCAAACAGGUGACCUUGGAGCAGGCCCUGCUCUUGUGCCAGAAGUAUCACUUCAGGAUGCAGGCGGCCUGCGAAUGGCUGGAGGACGCCGUGUCCUUCCUGCAACAGGCCGGCUUGGGCGUGGACGUGGAGAACUACGAGGAGUGUCUGAGACUGCAGGACGGCAUCGUGGCCACUGAGCAGGAGUUCCUCAUCCACCUGGAAGAGUUGGAGAGCCUUGUGCCCCAGCUGGAGGACCUGGUCAACCCCGUAGCCAAAGGACAGCUGCGGGUAAGCGUGGAUUCAGCCAAGCAGAGAGGCCUGGAGGUCCGGGAUCAGAUCCAGUGUCAUCAGGCUGUUCUUCACAGCUGCGUGGCUCAGUGGAAGUCGUACCAGGAGACGCGGCAGACCGUCAUUGAGAUGAUGAACGAAGCUGAAAAGAAGCUCACUCAAUUUUCCACCGCAAAGGCAGCAACCAGCCAAGAGGCCGAGGACAAGUUGCACAGCCACCGGUCCUUGGUCUCACUUGUCAACGGCUUCCAAGAGAAGCUGAGCGGUCUGGAGGAGCAAGCGGGUCAGCUGGAGCAGGUGGGCAGCGACGCUAGCAAAGCCACCAUCAGUCGCUCCAUGACCACCGUGUGGCAGCGCUGGACCAGACUCCGCAGCGUGGCCCGCGGCCAGGAGCGAGUUCUGGAGGACACGGCGCAGGAAUGGAGGACUUUCAGAGAGAAGAUGGCAAAGGUGCGAACGGUGGCGGACGAGCUCCGGGGUCGAGUGCCGGACAGCGCGGUGGAGAAGGCCUCCAAGGCCACCCUGCAGUCUCUGCUGGAGCAACACGACGUCCUGAGCCAAGACUUGGAGAGAGAGCUGUCGUCUCUGACUCUGCUGCGCCAAUACGCCCUCAGCCUGCUGCACGACGUGGAGGUGCCCUCGCCCACUAGUGAGCAGGAAGAGCUCCCCAGCUUGAAGGAGAUCAGGGCUGUGCAGGACCACAUGGACAGCCUCCUGACGCAGUCCAGGACCAAGCGAUCUCAGGCCGCUCAGGAACUGAAGGACAGAGAGGAAGUGGAGCGAGAACUCAGCGUGGUGAAAGCCUGGAUUCAGGAGACGAGGGAGCUUCUUUUCAACCCCACGCCUGACAUCGACUCUCUGCUUCAGGAACUGGAGGUGGUCCAUGGAGACGUGAUCACCUAUCGGCAAAACUUGGACAAAUUAGCCGAGCAGCAACAAAGCAAGUACCUGGAUCUUUACACCAUCCUGCCUUCUGAAAUCUCCAUGCAGUUGGCCGAAGUCUCGCUGGCUUUGGGGGCUAUUGAGGAUCAGGUUCUUUCCAAAGAGAGAGAAAUCCAGAAAACCAGAGAAAUCAAAGAGGAGUUUAGUUCCAGAAUCCACGAGGUCUCGGAGAAACUCAAAGCCAUCUCCGCCAAAUUCAAGGACAAAUCUCCAGAGGUUGACCAAGCAAAAGAAGAGGUCAAGAGUCUCGCAGAGGACUUGGACUGCUGUGGUCAUUCUCUCUCCGAGCUGGACGCGGCCGUGCAGGAGUUUGGCCGCCGUAACCCUCUGCUGGCCAAGCAGCUCAGCGACGCCAUCGGGAAGCUUUCAGAGAUGCACCAUCACACCACCCGACUCGCCGACUGCCGCAACAACUGGCUCAAAAAGGCCGUUUGCUAUUUAGACGAAUACCACGAGAUGCUGGACUUCAUCGUGAGGUGGUCGGAGAAAGCCAAGAGCCUGGUGAGGGCCAAUGUCAUCUGGAACUCGUCGGUUCACCUCCAGGAGCAGAUACGCAUGCACCAGGCUGUUCUGCGAGAGUCCCGCAAGCUCCACGUUGACCUGGAGUCCAUGGCGGAGAAAGUGGAACUCCUGUCCGAGGUCCUGCACGUGGAGUCCAUGAGCCAGCAGGUGUGCGAGCUCAGCCGGCACACCGAGGAGCUCCAGCAGAGCAUCAAGACGCGGCUGCAGAGCUUGGAGGACGCAGAGAAGAGUAUGGACGCGCUGGAAUGCGAGGUGAAGGUGUUGCACGUGGCUCUGGAGCAGGUGCAGUCCACACUAACGUCCCCUGAGCUGGCACGUCAGAGCCUCAAAGAACAGCUGCUACAGAGACAGCGUUUGAUGGCGGACAUGGAGAGUUUGAAGCAGCAGGUGCAGGCAGUGCAGCUGUGCCAGAGCGCUCUGCGGGUGCCCGAGGAGGUGAUGCCCACCCUGGCCAUUUGUCGCACGGCGCUACGUCUGCAGCAAGACGCCAGCCAACUGCAGCACGUGGCCAUCCAGCAGUGCAACAUCCUACAGGAGGCAGUGGUGCAGUACGAGCAGUAUGAACAGGAAGUGAGGGAGCUGCAGGGCUUGAUCGAGGAAGCGCACCGCGUCAUCCAGGACCGUCCCAUCACCACCAGCAGCGUCCAGGAGCUGCAGGCGCAGAUCCUUCACCAUGAAGAACUGGCCCAAAAGAUUAAAGGCUACCAGGAGCAGAUCGCCUCGCUUAACUCCAAGUGCAAAAUGUUGGCGGUGAAGGCCAAGCACGCCACGCUGCUGCUGACAGUCGGUGACAUGGAAGGGGGGUUGCCCGAGAUGGAGGAGGAGAGAACGGCUGUGAUGAUGACGGCGGGCCGCUGCCACACCCUCCUGUCGCCCGUCACCGAGGAGUCGGGCGAGGAGGGCACCAUCAGCUCUGUGUCGUCUCCUCCCACGUGUCGCUCGCCCUCACCGCUCGCCCACAGCGAUGUUGUCACGGCGAAGGCUGGAAGGGGAGCCCUGAAAAGAGCUCCGGUCCAAGAACUCUAUGACCCGACGUUUGAGUCUGUGGCCAACCUGGACGACCUGCAGCGCUCAUGGGAGACGUUGAAAAACGUGAUCAGCGAGAAGCAGAGAAGUCUGUAUGAAGCUCUGGAGAAGCAGCAGCGCUACCAGGCCUCGCUGCAGUCCAUCUCAUCCAAGAUGGAGGCGCUGGAGGCCAAGCUGAGUGAGCCCCUGGAGGCCGACGCGUGUCCAGAUAGUCACAUGACAACACACCAGGCUGUGAUCCAAGAUAUUCAGAGCGUGCAGGAGGACAUCGACCGGCUCCAGACGAGCUUCACCGAAGACCUGAGCGCGGCCGCCGCGGACUCGGACACGGCCGACCAGCUAGCCAUGCAGUCCUCCCUGGCCGUCCUCGCCGAGAGGAUGGCCACCAUCCACAUGAAGGCUUCGGGGAAGCGGCAGCUGUUGGAGGAACGCGUCAUCGAUCGGCUUGAAGGCCAACGCCAGGAUGAGGCGAUACAGUGUUAUCAAUUCCAAGCGGAGGAGCUGGACCGCUGGUUGGCCCGGACGCGCCGUUCCGCCGCUGCCAUCCUCGAAGUCCAGGAGACGGACGCGGAAGGGCGACUCGCUUGUUGUCAGAACAUGCUGCUGGACAUCGAGGAGAAGGUGCAGGCCCUCUCCGAGCUGUCCGUGCACGGCGAGAAUCUGCUGCUGCAGGGCCGCGCCGAGAACCGGGCCGAGGCCGAGCGACUGGCCAGGAGGCUGCGGACGCUGAAGGGAGGCCUGCUGGAGCUGCAGAAGAUGCUGCAGGACAAGCACGCCGGCAUGCAGGGCUCCAUGCAAGAGCAGGAGGACAGCGAGUCAGACUCCAGCCUCUCUCAGAGCCCCAGCGUUCAGGACUGGGUGGCCCAGGCUCGGACCACGCGCUCCCAGCAGCACCAGGACACGCUUCAGAGUCAAAGGGAAUUGGAGGAGCAGCUCGCCGAGCAGAAGAAGCUGCUUCAGUCGGUAGCCAGCAGAGGAGAGGAGAUCCUCAUCCAGCAGGCGUCACCUGCCGGCACCAUUGCUUCAGAGCCGUUUCCACUCGCCGCGCUCGCCGAGAGGGAGGCCCAAGCCGCGCGCCAGCAGAUGAGGCAACGGUGGGAGAGCCUGCGGCUGGAGCUUAACACCAAAGUGCAGCUGAUGCAGAAGAACCUGGAGCAGGACCACAAGCAGACGGUUUAUUCCAGUGCUCCGUGCGCAGCACCGCUUUUAAAAGAAGAACUUCAAGCUGACGCAUCAUCGCUGAAGAGUCUUUAUGACAGUUUCAGGCGAACGACGGAAAAUUCUCAGCCCGUUGGCGACGAUGAGACGCAGGCGUCCACGAUGGAGCAGCAGCUCUACACGGCCGUGUCCUCCACCUCCUCCUGGCUGGACGGCGUGGAGAACGUGGUCUUGUCCGACUCGCUGCUGUUGGCUGACAACGUGGAGGCUCAGCUGGAAAAGCAGGAGACGUUGGCGAGUGAUCUUCAUCGCGUGGCAGGCGAGGUGACGCUCAGCCAGACCUUGCUCGCCGCGUCAUCUGGCUUGAGGCAAGAGGAACGGGCCUUGCUGGAGGACAAUCUGGACUGUCUGAAAGAGAGACUGGGAGCUCUGGGUGGUGCUCUGGGUCAAAGCUGUGACCACAUGAGGACCAGAACUCACCAACUCACAGCCUACCAGACUGAACUACAGCGUCUCCAGAGUGCAUUAAUGGAGACUAAGUGCCAGGUCUUGCAAGUACUAGCUGAAACCACGGAUCGACCAGCCUCAGAACAGCUCCAGGUCAUUGCCAGCACAGAGGACAACCUGAAAGAAUUUGAAAAGAAGAUUGCGGAAUUGAAAAGCAGAGGAGCGGCGCUGCAAGCGGAUCAGAUAUCAACAGACAAAAUCCUGAAGCUUCAGGAUGCCUACGAGGAGCUCGCGAUGGCCGUGGGCUCUCGGCGCAGCGGGCUGAACCAGAACGUGGCGCUGAAACUGCAAUACGAGCGCGCCCUGCAGGACCUCGCUGACUUGGUGGACACGGCCAAGGGCAAGAUGGCUGCCGACCAGAGGAUCGUCGCCGCUUCAGCUGAUGAAGUCCAGAGUCACCUGGACAAACAUAAGGAGUUUUUCCAGGGUCUGGAGUCGCAUAUGAUUUUGACCGAGACCUACUAUGGGAAGAUUUGCGGUCUGAUGCUUCCAAAAGAGAGACGCGUGUUGGAGGAGACACUGAACCAAACUCGGGGGGUCCUGCGGCAGUCGCACAGUAAAGGUGUGGAGCUGGAAGGCAUUCUGGAGACUUGGCGUCGCUUGGUGCAGGAUUAUCAAAGCAUGGGUGGCCAGUUGGAGGCCGUUGAGGAAAGUAUCCCCGCGGUGGGAUUGGUGGAAGAGACGGAAGAAAAACUAAUGGAGCGGAUUUCACUGUAUCAGGGUCUGAAGGGAAAGCUUACGGAGCACCAACACAAACUGCAGCAGGUGCUGGGAGAAGGCAAACGUCUGCUGCUGUCCGUCUGCUGUCCCGCCCUGGAGAAUCAAUUGGCAGUUCUGGGCGAACACUGGCUGGACAACACCAGCAAAGUCAACAAAGAACUGCAGCGUCUGGAGGCCAUCCUCAAACACUGGACCAGCUAUCAGAGACAGUGUGGGGAGCUUAGCGAAUGGCUACAGUCUGCCCUGGAACGUCUGGAAUUCUGGAACACGCAAGCGGUCCUCGUCCCGCAGGAGUUGGAAACAGUCAGAGACCACCUCUCUGCUUUUCUGGAGUUUUCCAAGGAAGCAGAGAGCAAGUCCGGCCUGAAGAGCUCUGUGGUCUCUGAGGGAAACCAACUCCUGAGGCUGAAGAAGGUGGACACAGUGGCGUUGCGCUCAGACCUGGCCCGCAUUGACAACCAGUGGAAUGAACUGUUGACACGCAUACCGGUGGUGCAGGAAAAGCUCCAUCAGAUCCAAAUGGAGAAGCUGGCCUCCCGCCACGCCAUCUCAGAGCUGUUUAACUGGAUAUCGCUGAUGGAGAAUGUCAUCGAGGAGGAUGAAGAAAACCUCAAGAGUGCAGUCGGAUCACAUGUGAUUCAGGACUACUUGCAGAAAUACAAGGGUUUCAGGGUGGAUUUCAGCUGCAAGCAACUGACUGUGGACUUUGUCAACCAGUCGGUGCUGCACCUCAGCGGUCACGAUGUGGAGAGCAAGCGCAGCGAUAAAACCGACUUUGCGGAGCGUCUCGGCGUCAUGAACAGGCGGUGGCAGAUCCUCCAGGGCCGAAUCAACGAGCGGAUCCAGUUCCUGGAGAGCCUGCUGCAGAUGUGGCUGGACUACGAGAGCAGCAUUCAGGCCCUCAAGUCUUGGAUGGGGACUCAAGAAGAGCGGCUGAAGAGGAAACACAGGAUCGAGGACCUGAUGUCAGUACAGAGUGCGCUCAAGGAUUGCCAGGAAAUGGAGGAGCUGGUGAGAGACAAAGAAAAAGAACUGGAGCGGGUUGAGGAGCAAGGCUGUGCCCUUGUUCAGAACAAAACCGACGAGGCCUGCGCUAUCGUCAUGGAGACACUCCAGAGCGUCAACCACACUUGGGGCAACCUGGACCACCUUAUUGCUCAGCUAAAGAUCAGCCUGACGUCGGUGUUGGAUCAGUGGAGUCUUUACAAACGUGCAUCAGAAGAGAUUAACGGCUACUUGAUGCAGGGGCGCUAUUCCGUGUCACGCUUCCGCCUCCUGACCGGUUCCUUGGAAGCCGUUCAGCAGCAAGUGCAAAGUUUGCAGGGUUUGCGCGAGGAGCUGGAGAAGCAGGAGAGCAGUCUGAGGAAGUUCGCUGCCGUGACCCACCAACUGCUGAAAGAGUGUCACCCAUCGGUGUCGGAUUCCCUCAAUCACACCCUCAAGGAGGCCAGCGCAAGGUGGUCCGGCCUCCUGGAGGAGAUAUCUGAGCGCCUGAGGAGCAGCAAAGCUCUCCAGCAACUGUGGCAAGGCUACAAGGAACUUCACCAGCAGACCUCCGCCAACGUUUCGCUCCAGGAGGAGAAAGCUGAGCAGCUCCUCGAGACGCCGUGCGGCGAGGACAUUGCCGACGACCACGUGUCCGCCUGGAUUCAACGCUGCGGCGAGGUCCUGCGCUCCCACGUGCCGGUGCAGGCCUCCCUGCAGGUGCUCCGCGAGCUGGGAGAUCAGCUGAAGCAGCAGGUGGACACGUCGGCCGCCUCGGUCAUUCAGUCGGACCACUUGGCGCUUUCUCAGCGGCUGGCGGCGGUGGAGCAGGCGCUCAACAAGCAACUCGUCACACUGCAGACCGGCGUCCACGACUAUGAGAUCUUUAACCAGCAGCUGGACGCUUUGGCCGGCUGGGUGGUGGAAGCCGAGGAGGCGCUGAGGGUGCACGAUCCCAACGGCUCCACUGACCUGACCCUCAUCCAAGAGCGCAUGCAGGAGCUGAAGCGACUGAUGAUGAAGUUCAGCAGCAUGGCGCCGGAAUUGGAGCGUCUCAACGAACUGGGUUACCGGCUCCCGCUCAACGAUUCCGAGAUCAAACGCAUGCAGAACCUGAACAGGAGCUGGUCGGCGGCCUCGGCGCAGACGACCGAGAGAUUUAGCAAGCUGCAGUCCUUCCUGCUUCAGCAGCAGACCUUCUUGGAAAAGUGUGAGACAUGGAUGGAGUUUUUGGUCCAAACGGAGCACAAUCUGGCCGUGGAAAUCUCCGGAAACUACCAAAGUUUGAUGGAGCAGCAGAAGGCCCACGAGUUGUUCCAGGCCGAGAUGUUCAGUCGCCAGCAGAUUCUCCACUCCAUCAUCAGCGACGGCCAAAGGAUGCUGGAACAGGGUCAAGUGGACGACAGGAAGGAGUUCAAUCUAAAGUUGGCCCUGCUGAGCAACCAGUGGCAGGGCGUGGUGCGGCGCGCCCAGCAGAGGCGAGGCAUCAUCGACGGCCUGCUGCGCCAGUGGCAGCGCUACCGCGAGAUGGUGGACAAGCUUCGCAAGUGGCUUCUGGACGUCUCCCAACCGGCCGAGGGGCUCCGGCCCGGCGCCACCGUUCCUCUGCAGCAAGCUCGCGCCAUGCUGGACGCCAUCCAGCUGAAGGAGAAAGUGCUGCAGCGCCAGCAGGGCAGCUACAUCCUGACGGUGGAGGCCGGCAGACAACUGCUGCUGUCGGCCGACAGCCUGGCUGAGGUGGCCCUGCAGGCCGAGCUGACCGACAUCCAGCAGCGGUGGAAGCGGGCCAGCGGACGCCUGGAAGAAAUGAGGAGGCAGCUCGCCACCUUGUUGAAGGACUGGGACCGGUGUGACAAAGGGAUCGGCGCAUCUCUGGAGAAGCUUCGGGCCUUCAAACGACAACUCGCUCAGCCUCUUCCCGAUCAUCACGAUGACCUGCAGGCGCAGCAGAUGCGCUGCAAGGACUUGGAAGGCGCCAUCGAAGGCUGGACUGGAGAUCUGGCCCACCUGACUGUCCUGAGGGAGUCGCUGUCAUGCUACAUCGCUGCCGAGGACCUUUGUGUGCUGCAGGAGCGCAUCGAACUGCUGCAGCGCAUGUGGGAGGAAAUCUGCCACCAGCUAUCCCUGCGCGGGCAGCAGGUGGCUGACAAGCUGAACGAGUGGAGCAUAUUUAGUGACAAGUACAAGGAGCUGUGCGAGUGGCUCACCGGCAUGGAGAGCAAGGUGUCGCAAAACGGCGACGUCAGCAUCGAGGAGAUGAUCGAGAGGCUGCGGAAGGACUACCGCGAGGAGAUCUCCAUAGCUGAGAAGAACAAGCUGCAGCUCCACCAGCUGGGAGAGCGCCUGGCUCGGGCCAGCCACCCGAGCAAAGCUGGCGAAAUCCAGAACAAGCUCACCAAAGUCAACGACCGCUGGCAGCACCUCCUGGAUCUCAUCGGAGCCCGGGUGAAGAAGCUGAGGGAAACCCUGGUGGCCGUGCAGCAGCUGGACAAGAACAUGAGCAGCCUGCGUACCUGGCUGGCCCACAUCGAGACCGAGCUGUCCCAGCCCAUCGCCUACGACUCCUGCGACUUCCAAGACAUUCAGCGGAAGCUCGACCAACAGCAGGAGCUUCAGAGCGACAUCGAGAAGCACAGCACCGGCGUGGCGUCAGUGCUGAACCUCUGUGAGGUUCUGCUGCACGACUGCGACGCCUGCGCCACCGAUGCCGAGUGCGACUCCAUCCAGCAGGCCACGCGCAGUCUGGACCGCCGAUGGAGGAGUAUCUGCGCUUCCUCCAUGGAAAGGAGGCUCAAGAUUGAGGAAACGUGGCGUUUGUGGCAGAAAUUCCUGGAAGACUUUGCGCAUUUUGAGGAGUGGCUCGCCGCCUCCGAGAAGACGGCGGCGCUGCCCAACUCCUCCGGUGUUUUGUACACGGAAGCCAAGGAGGAACUCAAGAAAUUUGAGACUUUCCAGAGGCAGGUCCACGAAAGCCUGACGCAGCUGGAAUUGCUGAACAAGCAGUAUCGCCGCCUGGCCAGAGAAAACCGCACGGACGCUUGCAGUGGCCUCAAGGAGAUGGCGCACGGCGCCAACCAGCGCUGGGACAACCUGCAGAAGAGGGUGGCAGCCAUCCUCCGCCGCCUCAAGCACUUCAUCAGUCAGAGGGAGGAGUUUGAGACGGCGAGGGACAGCAUUCUGGUGUGGCUGACCGAGAUGGACCUGCAGCUCACCAACAUUGAGCACUUCUCCGAGUGCGACAUCCAGGCCAAGAUCAAACAGCUCCGGUCGUUCCAGCAGGAGAUCUCACUGACCACGGCCAAGAUCGAGGGCAUCUUCCACCAAGGCGAGGCGCUGAUCGAGAAGAGCGAGCCGCUGGAUGCCGCCGUCAUCGAGGAGGAGCUCGAGGAGCUGCAGCGCUACUGCCAGGAGGUCUUCGGCCGGGUCGAGCGAUACUACAAGAAGCUCAUCCGGCUACCCCUGGCUGAGGACGAUGCCGAAGCGUCUCUCUCGGACCGCGAGCUGGAGCUGGACGAGGCCGCCGACCUGUCGGGCGACCUGUCGGGCCUGCCACCGUGGAGCGAGCGUCUGGGCGACGGCUUCCUGUCGCCGCUGCCUUCCUCGGGGCGCUCGGCGGCCUCGCUGGCGGCGCAGCUGCGGACCGAGCGCUCGGGCCGGGACACGCCGGCCAGCGUGGACUCCAUCCCGCUGGAGUGGGACCACGACUACGACCUGAGCCGCGGCCUGGAGAGCGCCAGUCGGACCCUCAGGGAGCAGCAGAGCGAGGAGGCGGACUUCCUGCAGCCGCCUGCCUCCGCCUUGGCGGAUGUAGUGAUCCCAGAGAACCCGGAAGCCUUUGUUAAACUAACCGAGAAAACACUGAGGUGCUCCGCUGGGGAAGCGGCCUCGUCUGGCCCGCUGCCGCCGGCCGACGGCAGCCGCACGCGCGCCGCCGCCGCUGUUGACCUCGAUGCCUCCUACAUGGGAUAUAUGCGACUGCUGGGUGAGUGUCGCGGCAACAUUGACAUCGUGAAGAGGAUGGGCCACGAGUUAAAAGAGGAAGAGGACACGGCGGCCGGCCUGGCCAAUCCCGGCAGUUCCGAGUGCCAAACGUCCGGCGUGAUCGAGCGCUGGGAGCUCCUGCAGGCUCAGGACCUCAGCAAGGAGAUUCGCACCAAGCAGAACCAGCAGCAGUGGCGGCAGCUCAACUCGGAUCUCAACAAGAUCUGGACUUGGCUGCGGGAGGCGGGCGACGAGCUGGAGCAGCAGCGGAGGCUGGACCUCAGCACCGACAUCCAGACCAUCGAGUUCCGCAUCAGGAAGCUCAAGGAGCUGCAGAGGGCUUGGGACAAGCGCAAGGGCAUCGUGCUGUCCAUCAACCUGUGCAGCGCCGACUUUGUGCACUCGGACACGGACGAGUCCAAGGAACUGCGGGCCAAACUCAAGGACAUGAACAACCUGUGGGACAAGCUGGCCGCCUCCUUGGACGAGUGGAGGUCCUCGCUCCAGGGAGCCCUCAUGCAGUGUCAGGACUUCCACGAGAUGAGUCACGGUCUCCUGCUGUGGUUGGAAAAUAUCGACCGCCGGCGCAACGAGGUGGUCCCCAUCGACCCCAUCCAGGAUAGCGACACUCUGCAAGAGCACCAUAAAUCACUCAUGCAAAUCCGCCAGGAGCUGCUGGACUCUCAGCGGAAGGUGGCCUCGCUGCAGGACAUGGCGCUGCAGUUGCUGGUCAACUCGCAGAGCGGCGACUGCCUGGAGGCCAAGGAAAAGGUCCACGUCAUCGGCAAUCGCCUCAAGCUGCUGCUGAAGGAGGUCACCCGAGACCUGAGGGAACUGGCCCGGAUCCUGGACAUGACCAGCAGUCAGCAGGAUCUGUCAUCUUGGUCGUCUGCGGAUGAUUUGGACACGGGAUCCGGCUCGCUCAGUCCCGCCUCGGGGAGGAGCACUCCGAGUCGGCGGCGAUCGCGGCGGGGCAAAUGUAAUGUGUCACAGCGUGGAGGCCCUGUGAGCGGUCCGCAGCACAGGUGUCGCAGCGCCGCUGGGUGCGCUUCCUGCCCUUCUGACGCACCGCCGCCGCCUCGGGGCGCUUCCUUGGCCCGGCGCGUCCUGCGAGUGGCGCUGCCCUUCCAGCUGGCGCUCCUGCUGCUGCUGCUCGUCGCCUUCCUGCUACCCUUGUCCGAGGCGGACUACUGCGCCCAGUCCAACAACUUCGCCCACUCCUUCUACCCCAUGCUGAGCUACACCAACGGACCUCCGCCCGUCUAGAAAGCGCAACUGACACAAAAAAAAAAACAAAACAAAAGCAGCCUUUGCAAUGAGCUGGAUUGCUGCAGAACUGAGUCGUAAAUUGUGAUCUAAUCAAUCCAUGUGACGCGACUGGAAGUGUCGGUUCAAGGCAUCUGCCCCGAGGUUAUCGUUCGCGAAAACAAACAAAAUCACGCCAACUGGAACUGGAAAAAAGAUUUUUGUGAACUGAAAGCAAAAUGGAAAGACAAAACGAUCACGAACUAAAUCGGCAUUAUGUGUUUACCCAACUAAUCAAAAUGAGCUAGGCUAGUCGCAAAAAAAAAAGUGCUUUGUUUUGGUCUUGGUCACUUUGUUUGAUACAGAAGCUUUUUAGGUCGAUUUGAAAUCUACUUCGGCUCUCCUGGAUUUCUAAUUUGAUUUGUGGAUGGUGGCUCAUUUGUGUCGCGUGCGACCCGAGCCAACAUUUUCGAAACCGAUUCAUUUCACGUCAUUUUUGUUUGGCCGCUGCUACGAAAAGAGGCCUGGUUUGGAUUUGGAAGAAAAAAAUCGGAAUUGUUCACACCGACAUGAAAUAAUGGGAUUUGUAACCUGCAAUUUGAACUCAGCUUUCGAGAAACACUCUCUAGAAAUGGUUCAAGUUGUCGCCACUCUCCCUAGGAGUUAGUCUUUUUUUUUGGGGGGGGGGGGGUCUAGAUGACGAUGAGAUGACAGUGCAGGUCAUUCGAAAGGGUUCACAAAGUUUUCCUUGGAACUGUAUGUGACAUGACUGAAACUGCUGUUUGGAAGGACAGUAACGGGUCAUCAUUUUAGGCAGCAGUACCCACGUCAAAAUGAAUAAUAAUCGUGACGAGCGGAGGAAUUACAAAAAAAAAAAAAAAACAUACCAAAGUAAAUGGCUGAAACGCAGGCUGUGAUAUUUCUCAUGAUUCUACUUAGUAAUGCUUAACACAGUUACCUGUUUUUUUUUUUUUGUCCGCAUGCAGUUUCACAUCCCCACCAACAAUUUUUAACCUGACAUGCUGAGAUUAUUUUUAAAGAGAGCCGCCGUCAGGGCGACGUGGGUCGUUUUAUUUUUACAACAUAUCAAAUACUAUAGAGCCAGAUAGAAACUAUUGUAUUUUUUUGUAUGCUUACCUGGUGUCAGACGUGUAACAAAGUGUGGAUGAUCGUGUGUGUGUGUGUGUGUGUGUGUGUGUGUGUGUGUGUGUGUGUGUGUGUGUGUGUGUGUAUACGUACUGUACAUAAUGUUUAUGACAAAUGUAUACGCGAGCAUCAGAAACAAUGAAUGCCAAAUCUCUAUUUUGA